AUGCUGCGAGUGCUGCAGACUGCUUCGCGGGCACGGAUCGUACCAACCCUCCCUAAAACGCUGGCCCCCCAGCGAAACAUCUUUCAAAUGUGGCAGGGAUGGAUGCGCGCAGUAUGGAACCGCGUGGAUAGCAAGCGCUUGGAGCUUGUGGGCCGUGAUCGCUGGCACCGCCAAUACAAUGCCUUGCCUUGGCUUGCUGACACCAACCGCGGCGCAAAGCCACGCAGCACUGCUCGGCUCACGGGGCUUGACGCCACGGGCAGUGAGGUCAAUGAUGCCGGCCUUCAACACAUUGAGAACAUGGAAUCGCUCGAGCUGGCCGUCUUUCGAGAUUGCUCCUACCUUUCCAAUUCUGCAAGUCAGUCACUGGCUACCCUGCGCGGGUGCCGCGUGCUCGAUCUGACCAACGUAGCCAUCAAUGAGGCGCGACUGGUCCAGCUCUGCGAGAACCUACCAAGCCUGGAACGUCUCUACCUGGCACCCCAUCAAGGCAAGACCGCCCGCCACCAUGUUGUGAUUCAUCAAUUGUGCUCUUCCCUUGCCCGCCUGCACUCACGCCGGACCGAAUAA